AUGCAAGCAUGUCACAUAUUAUUGGGGAGAUCAUGGCAAUUUGACAAGGGAAUUACAUUCGAUGGCAUUACCAAUAAAUACUCCUUCAAGCAAGGCGAGAAGAGAAUUGUGCUUGUGCCACUCAUUCCUAUCCAAGUUCGUGAAAAUCAAGAAAGCCUGAUCAAGGAGAGUGAGCUUGAGAAUGAGAAGAAAAAAAUAGAAAAAGCUGAGAGCUCAACAGAAAAUGAUAAGGCCGAGAAAAUUGAGAGGAAAAAGACAUAUGAGGUGUUGGUUGUUACAAGUGAUCUUAUUAACACUCUACCAUCUAGUAUUGCCUCUCUUUUGCAGGAUUAUGAGGAUGUCUUCCCCGAUGAGAUUCCAAAUGGACUACCACCAAUAAGGAAAAUUGAGCAUCAAAUUGACUUGGUUCCAAGUGCCCUACUUCCUAACAGACCAGCCUACAAAAUGGGACCAGAUAAGACAAAGGAACUCCAACGCCAAAUCGAAGAGUUUCUAACAAAGGGAUGGGCAUGA